UGUGACUUUUAGACCCGGAAAUCGGUCCUCUGUACAGAAAAAAAAUUUUUACAGUCGCGCGGGGGGCGCGAAAUGUUUUCUUCUUCCUAGGGGGGCAUGACAGAAAAUAAUUGAGAAGCACUGAUUUAAUGGAUGAAGAGGAUAUAACCAACACUAAGUAAAUGGACAAGAUUAUAUUUUUACAGGAGGUGCUUUAAAGAGAAAUUGAUAAUUAGGAAGAAACUUUUUAAAAUGACAAAUCUUUUAAAAAGUAUUUAUUUAAAUUAACAACAUAAAUUAAAAUUAAUAGCUUUCAUAAUUUACAAGAUUCAUAAUUAUUGUUGCUAUUAUUCUUAUUAAUUAAUGUAUAUAUAAGCUUUACAGAUAAUCCUUCCUUAUCCAUAAUGUUUUUCAAGAAGACCAUACUUUAGUACACCAUUUUUCAAUUGUUAAAUUAAUUAGGAAGUUCCUACUUCCAGUAGUUCCUAACUGCCAAAAGUAAGAAUAUAAUAAGCUAUCCUAUUGUAAAUAAUUUUGCACUAACUCCUUUGAAAGUAUACAAGAAUCUCAAUUCUGCAACACAUUCCCCUGAUAAAGGAGAAUAUUUAUAGCUCAGAGUUGAAAUGAGGGGUCCUUGGUGCUCUCUGAGCUUGCUUAUUUUCUUUCAGACGUUUCAUUACCCAAAUUAGGUAACAUUAUCAGUGCCAGUGGCAAUAAUGUACUGUCUUCCAUGGAAUUCUUGUAUAGAAACUGAAAUGUGGAUUUAGACAAUAGACAAUUUAUUUUGGCAACAAAUGUUUGCAAUACUAUAGCAAAUUAUUGUAAAAUAGCUCUUAAUCUAUGAAGGACAUACGUACAGUUUUUUUUUCUUUUGCCAAUUGGGCCUGCAAUAUGCUGAUGUCAUCAAUUAUUUAUAUUAUCUGUUUUUAUAAAAUCCUUGGGAAGUAAAAGCAUUUGGCGUAUAGAUCUAACUAUAGAUCUAUAGUAAAAUUUCUUUUUAUAUCCAUAGUCUUGGAUAUUGAAUCUUCCCAUAUAAAUGAAAGAAUAUGUCUCAAAUGUGAUAUUUGAUAAUGUAAUUUUUAAAACAGAAUUUCCCAUCCUGCUUGAUUUUUUAAAAUAAUAUUUCUAUGAAUUCUUAAUAUUUUAUUAAAAUAAAAAAAUCAUUUUCCUUCGUCAUUUUCCUUUCCUUUGCACUUUGCCAUACCUUUAAUGUUGUCUGCCAUUUCAGUUUGAAGCAUUUAUUUAGAAAUCUUAGUAGCAGCACUUCAUAUUGUAUUCAUUCAGAAAUUAAAAGAAUAAAGAGAUAAACUCUAUUUACUUUAUUUGCAGAAUAUAUGCUAUUAACCUUUUCUCAAGUUCUAAUUAUUCAGCAAAAUACAUUAGGAUGGAAUUGGAAGAAUAAGCUGAAAUAUCAGGAAUAACACAACCCAGGGGCUAAUUACGAUAUUGGCGUGAUCAGCGUGGAUUCCUUGCUCUGUUUGACAGACUGUUAAAAUUGCUUACCAAAAAGGAGGAAGAGGAGGAGACAAGAACUGAGGUGGGCCGAGGAAGCCAUGGCUGCUGCCUAAAAAGCCACUCCUACGGACAGAAGAUGCCAUAUCCUCCUUGAGUUGUUAGAACAACUUUAUACUUUAUACGAGCUACUUGACGAGAAGUAUCCAGGCCUAAUUGCUAUGGCUGGUGGAAAGCAGGAGCUUAAGAGAAGCUUAACCAUUAUACCUUGUUUUGUGUUUGUGGAGCUGGGGAUCAUGGCUGGCACAGUGGUGCUGGCUUACCACUUUGAGUAUUCAGACACUUUUCCGGUGCACUUUCAAGGAUUCUUCUGCUAUGACAACACUUUGGCCAAACCCUAUCCUGGGCCAGAGGACAGUAGCCAAGCACCUCCAGUCCUGGUCUACUCUCUUGUUACUGCUGUCCCCACCGUCACGAUACUUAUUGGAGAACUGGCCGCCUUCUUCUUUCAACCCACAAGGCAUAAGGAGAAAACCAUCAUCUCGGGCGAGUGCUGUUAUUUCAAUCCCCUUCUGCGCCGCACGAUCCGCUUCCUGGGUGUCUAUUCCUUCGGCCUCUUCACUACCACCAUCUUUGCUAAUGCAGGCCAAGUGGUAACUGGCAACCAGACUCCACAUUUCCUGUCCGUGUGCCAACCAAACUACACUGUGCUGGGUUGUCAACCACCCCCAGGCACCAUUUACGUCACAGACAAGGCAGCCUGCACUGGCAAUCCUCUCCUGGUCACUGCUGCCUGCAAGGCGUUUCCCUCCAAGGACGCUGCCCUGAGCGCCUAUGCGGUGGCAUACACUGUGAUGUAUGUCACGCUGGUUUUUCAACUGAAGGGCUCCCGCCUGGCCAAGCCAUCCCUGUGCCUGGCACUCCUGGGCCCAGCAUUUUUGGUGGGUGUGGUGCGUGUGGCUGAGUACCGGAACCAUUGGUCUGAUGUGCUGGCUGGGUUCCUCACCGGAGGGGCCAUUGCCAUCUUUCUGGUGACAUGUGUGGUCAACAAUUUCCAAAGCCCCAUAUCUUCAGCCAAGAAAGUUUCUCCACCUGAAAAUCUACCCAGUAUCCCAAUCUUGGGAUUGCCCUGUGUUGACAGUUCCCUUGACAAAUUAAGUGUGGCUCAAGGGUUGAAGCAGGUGAGGGACGCCCCAGAAGAACCGGAGUUUUCUACACUACUUUCAAGAGGUCUGGAAAGGCAGCUAGCGCGAUCUCUACAGUUGGCAGCAGCUGGCAGCGCAGCAAUGACCCGUCCCUAUGAAAUCACGGAGCUAUGUUCACAGAGGGCACCUGAUUCUCAACUAUGUCUCUUUCCCGCUACCCCAGAUGUCCUCAUUCCCUCCCAGUCGGUCACCAGUGAAGUCUGACCUAAGGAAGCAUUCUUGAUAUUCCUGCAGUGGGGCUAGAUCGGGGGGGGGGGGCUCUAACCUCAUACUCUUCAUUUCCCAACCUCUUGCUUGGACUUUCCCAGAAUCAGGUUUGUUAGUUGUCAUAACAUAGUUCUGGUUCUAUGAUGUGAGUGUGCAGCAUAGAUUGGGGAGGGACAAAUAAGGGUAAAAAUAAAACCCCAUCACUUUUUCAGUUGGUCUGAUGCCAUUCACCAGUUCUGUUACUAACUGAGCAUCUUCUCUAGGAAUGAGCUCUUGGGAUUUUGAUCACAGCUUGCUUUGCCAAGGUUCUUUUAUGAAUUUGGAAUCCUUGAAAUCUAUCAGAUAAGGAUCUUUCCUUUACUGCUGAUUCUUUAAGAAAAAAAGUUAGAUGCCAUUUCCCAAAAAAAUUGCUCCAUCUUGGGAAAUAACCCAUAUACUGUGAGCUGAAGAAGGCACAUUUGACCAAGAGAGGUGGUUUUGAUGGUGGGAGUUUUAAUAAGUUUAAAAUUAAAUUUGCAAAUUAAGGACUUGAAUAGUCAGAAAAAUGACUAAUUAAUCAUUAUGGUAGCUAAUAUUAUAUUUGAAGACCAGAAAGCAAGCAAAUGGGACAUAACUCAAAAUCUUAGUGUUGUCUUUUAUAGGCAGUUUUGACACCUUCUGAUUGAGCUAUAAUCAAUAAACCUUGUCAUAAAAGUAAAUAAGAAUCUGGUCUCAAGGUAUGGCCUUUGAUGGAGAAGAACUUUCAGCUAACAUUGGAAGGAUCUUGGUCCAAGGCUUUGAGGAGACAUAUGUCAUUAGAAAGGCUGAAUUAUGGUCCAGAUCAAUGCUCAGCUUCGUAUGUUCACUUCAUAGGGAACGUUUGUUGAAGAAAAAUAAAUUAUACAUGAUCCACAGCACUUUCUUCUGAGCUUAGGCAUCAGAAACAAGCAAUAACAUUCCAGCUCAAAUACAUCCUCUCCCUAGAGUCAAUUGUUGUUGCUUUCCAGGGUGUUAUCCUAUAGUAUUUCUGGAGCUCAAUGUGAAAAAAAUUUAAACAAAGUUUCAUCAGUUCUGAGCCUUGAUCAUUUGUUCCCAGUAGACACACCCUAAUUGAAUGUGGAGCCAUUUCCAUGCUGGGAGGGGGGGGGGGUUCAGCAGAGCUGAGUCCCUAUUCCAUUGUUGUCUUAGGGAUAUAUUUUCAUUGCAAGGGAAAUAAAUGUCAAUCUUAUUCCUCUGUAGUUACUUCCAAUGAAUAAAGAUUUUCAAAACUACAUUUCCCAAUGUAUAGUAACAUAUAGCAAACCAUAACUUACUGCUAACUUUGUUCUAGUUUAAAUUCACAAUGUGGAUUCCUCACAAUUGCAGCUUCACUUUCUUGACUCGCCCACCAUGCUCAAUAACAGUUGUUGCAGCUGCUUGCACACUGUUCUGCCCAAGAGGAUGAUAAUACCUCCCAUGUCCUCCAAAGAACAAUUGGAGAUCCCUUAUACUUCCAUUAUUCCAUCAGUGAGAUGCAACUGUGUUGAGCAUUAUUCUCAUUUUAAAGAUGGGAAUUGUAGUCUAAUACAUCUGAAGGGUUCCAGAUUAGGAAAAGUUGUCUUUUUCUCACUUUCCCUGCUACUCUUCCUAGUGCUGAUAAUUGUUAUUGUCUCUGCUGCACAGUUGCUGGUCAGCUGCAUGGCACCUUCUGGGUGUAGCGUGGGGAUGGGUGGGCAGUUGCUUGGAAAAAUUGGCAGAAUACACUGCCACCACUGCUCGGUGAAGGAUUUCCACAUCUUUCCAAAAUCUAUUUUAAUAAAGUUCUGUUUUACCAAUC